AUGGCGGACGGGGAGCGGUCGCCGCUGCUGCCGCCCGAGGCGGGGCCGGGCCCGGGCGGGGCCGCCGCCGGUGCUGGCGGGGAGGCCCCGCCCCCGUACUCGCCGCUGGGCAGCCCCGAGGAGGGGGCGGCUCCGGGGGCCGGGGGGGGAGCGGGAGGGGCCGGCGGGGCGGGUCCGCCCGCCGUCACGUGCCGGGUGUGCCAGCGGCCCAUCAGCGUCGAGGGCAAAACGCACCAGCACGUGGUGAAGUGCGGGGGGUGCGGGGAGGCCACGCCAAUCCGCACGGCCCCCGGCGGGAAGAAAUACGUGCGGUGCCCCUGCAACUGCCUGUUGGUGUGCAGGGCCUCGGCCCAGCGCAUCGCCUGCCCACGGCCUUACUGUAAACGCAUCAUCAACCUCGGCCCGGUGCACUCGGGGGCCCCCAGCCCGGACCCGCCCCCGGGGGGGGUUCGCGUUGCCUGUGCCCACUGCGGGGGGCCCUUCCUGUGGGCGGAGCUUCCCGACCGCUCCCUGGCCCGGUGCCCCCAUUGCCGCAAGGUGUCUGCGAUUGGUCGGCGGUUCCCACGGCGACGCUGCCUGUGCUGCCUCCUGGGGGCGCUGCUGAUGGGCGGGGCCGCCGCGGGGCUCGCGGCCGGGACGUGGUGGCUGUGGCGCCGGGCGCGGUGGGUCCCGGCGGCCUGGGCCGCGCUGGGGGCGGGGGCGGGGGCGUGUCUGCUGCGCGCGGCCUAUUGGGGCUGCGUCAGGGUCAGCCAGCCCCCCCCCCCCCGCGCCUGACCACGCCCACCCCACCCGCGGACACACCCGCUGGGGAGGCCACGCCCACAACACACGCCUGGGACGCACCCUGGAGCUGGUGGGACACGCCCACUUUUGGUCGGACAUGCCCCGCCCUUUGGGGACACGCCCACCCCGAUACCUGGGGUGGGUGACCCUUGGUUGGCCCCGCCCCCUUUUGACCAUGCAACCCUCCCAAAAUUGUGCCACGCCCCCUUUUUUCCCCAGCAUGGCUCCUUCCCCCGCAUGCCCAAAGCCAUACCCCCUUGUACAUAAGCCCCGCCCCUCCCCCCCACCCCCCUGUAUAUUAUUAUUAUUAUUUAAUUAACAGUCCCGUUAAUUAACCCCCCCUGGUGGGGGGGGCGGGGCCUCACGUGUAAAUAAACCCGAAAUCGCCGGAUUUGCCCCCAAAA